AUGUACACAUCGACGGGGUCGGCAGCGUUGAUUUCAAGGCACGCCGUCGGGCGGUCAUCGUUAAACUCCCCACAAAUGCAGCAGUCGUACCAGUUGUGCUUCACAUGGCACACGCCACCGCCAGCAAAGAUUUUCGGAACGUCUCUCCACUCCAUCCAAAAGGUUCAGUCAUCUUCUGUGACUUUGCUGCCGUCAGGAAAACAUACAGCAUUGACGCUCAAGUACUCAUCCCAUCGCUUGUCUUUUUUUACCUCAGUUCCCCGUCCACUCCUCGCCGGCACCCCAAGCGUUGCGUAUCUGCACCAGGCGGAGAUCAAGUUCCUCAAAGCACCCGGCACGCCAGACCGUGUAGCCGCAAUGCAGCCGCAGCCCCAUUUGCGUGUGGCAAUUCUCCAGAUCCGUCACUGCCUUGUCAACGGCGUCAUUCACAAACUGUUCGUUGGCUGCAUCGUUGCGGGGGGUGCAGAGCAUCGUGAUAAAGUCCUUCUUAUCGUAGAGGAUCAUGCGCCUAAACAGGGCAUCGCCACCGUUCAAAGAUUCCCCCAAGAGAAGAUCAAAGUGGGUGGUGGGGAAACCAGUGAAGUCCUGCAAAAGCUCAAGGGGAUCCCCGCUGACAAUCUUUGA